CCUCUCCCGGCCGGUCCCGCCCAGGGGAAGAGGGAAUUGUUUGCCGGGCCGGGCCUUGCCCCGUCGGUGCCCCCCGAUGCCAUGGCCAAGGCCUACGACCACCUGUUCAAACUGCUGCUGAUCGGGGACUCCGGGGUGGGCAAGACGUGUCUCAUCAUCCGCUUCGCCGAGGACAACUUCUCCGGGACUUACAUCUCCACCAUCGGCAUCGACUUCAAGAUCCGCACCGUUGUCGUCGAGGGGAAGAAGAUCAAACUGCAAGUCUGGGACACGGCCGGGCAGGAGCGAUUCAAAACCAUCACGACGGCUUAUUACCGCGGGGCUAUGGGCAUCAUCCUGGUGUACGACAUCACCGACGAGAAGUCGUUUGAAAACAUUCAGAAUUGGAUGAAGACCAUCAAGGAGAACGCCUCGGCCGGCGUGGAGCGGCUGCUCCUGGGGAACAAGUGCGACAUGGAGGCCAAGAGGAAGGUGCCGCGGGAGCGGGCCCAGAAGCUGGCCCAGGAGUACGGGGUCCGCUUCUUCGAGACCAGCGCCAAAUCCAGCCUCAACGUGGACGAGGCCUUCAACUCCCUGGCCCGAGACAUUCUGCUGAAGUCCACUCGGAAAGCCGCCCUCGGCUCAGGGGGACAAGCCGUCGACUCGCCCAACGGCCAGAAGAAGAGCAACAGCAAGUGCAGCCUCGGCUAGGGACCGGACACCUGCCCCUCCGUCCAUUCCCUCCGCCUGCUGCCCCUCUUCUGUCCAUCCUUCCCCCCGCCCGGCCCUCCUCAUCCUCAGGAGAGCCCAAGGGGGAGACCGGGUGGAUGGGGAGAUGGGAGGGAGAGGAAGGAAAGGUGGGAAUGGGGAGAGGAGACGGGAAGGACGGAGGAUGAGUGGAGGAGAAGUGUGAUGGGGGAGAAGAAUGGGGGCGAGGAGGAGCUUUGGGUGGACCAUGGCGGUGGAGCCGGGGAAGAGGGUGAAGGAGCGUGAAGGAGGUGGCGGAGGAUGGAGGGAGACGGGGAGGAGAAGAGUUAGAAGGGGAGAGGACACUGGAAGUUGGGGUGACUUUUAGACUGUGAGCCCACUGUUGGGUAGGGACUGUAUAUGUUGCCAAUUUGUACUUCCCAA